UCUUCUUCUUCUCUUACUUGUAAACACGUGCACGCAGCGGAUAGUGUGUUCGCUUGUCUACGGAGGACAUUUAAGCAGCUAAACCACAUUUAUAUUGUCCUUAAAAUGGCAAAAAGCCUCCGGAGCAAAUGGAAGAGGAAGAUGCGUGCGGAGAAGAGGAAGACGAUAGCUCCAAAGGAGCUGGUCCGUCUGAAACAAGCUCUGAGUCUGGAUAAGAAAGGAAAGGCUGUCAUGGCUGACAUGGAGGAGAUCGCCACUGUGGUGUCGGCUGACAAGAUCAUGGAGGAUGCAGAUGUGGCAAUGGGGGAGAUGGCGGGUGACGACGGGAAGAUGGACAUGGACAGCAAGCGCAACAAGAAAACUCUGUUGGAUGAAAAUGGUCAGUACCCCGGGUGGAUGAAUCAACGGCAGGCCAAGAAACUGAAAGGCAAACGAGUUGGAAAGAAAGGUAGCCAGGGCAAGAAGAAGAAGGGUAUCGCCUGGUGAGCCAGAGGAAACCAAAAUACCUUUGCUUUGCCUUAAAGACUUUUGACGCAGCAAAUUAUUUCAUGUAUUAUUUUGUACGUGACACCUGUGGAAUCUCUGCUGUUGAAUUUCAUUUUGUUCAGUGGAUUGCAAGAUUCCUAUUUGUGCAUCAGAGUCUGUUAUCAAAUAAUUCGGUGCAGGAAAAUGUUUGUUCUUAUGGAACAACGGCUUCAUUUUUGUGUUCGGACCAGUUCUAGGAAACAAAAACUUCUGCAAAAUAUCCUUUUAGCUCGUUUUACUACACCAUAGCGAGGCAGGUAAUUGUCAUAUAUUCUCUAUUGCAAUGUAUGUUUUUAAUACUCUGAUAAAAAAUAAUUUCCAGAUCUA